AUGCCUAAGACCCGAGGAGGCUAUGCCUCAGCUCCCCAGAGCAGUCAGAGAGUUGCCCCUGUGCGGGCCCCACUAGAUGCACCCCCACAUGUACCUGAUUCUGCCCCUCAGCCUAAAUACCAUACGAGGAGAGCAUCUACCACGCUUGUGGCCCCUACUCAGAUUCCACCUAGGAGUCCUCCUACAAAGAAGGCCAAGACUUCAGAGCCAGGACAGUCCUCCAGAGCACCUCGGGAUUCACAGUCUCCGCCUCCUCCCACCAGGUGCCCUAUAGCCAGCUCGCCCAUUGAGGGCAACUCCGAUUGCCGAUCGAGAGCAUUUCAUGUUGAGGCAUAUUUUGAUCACUCUAUUUUGCGACAGCAGCUUGAGUUGCGGGAUUCAUACCGCCUACUUGAGAGACAGAUUGCCGAGGCUUUCCAUAUCCCUUAUGCACCAGCAGACCCCGUUGCAUUUAGACGCUGGGCCCCACUUUCUGAGUGGGACAUGCCGAAAGCAGUUUCUCCUCCGGCAAAGCCCGCGCCGCCAAAGCCUUCGGCGAGGCGUUAUCUCACCAGGUCAGGGGGUCGGCCUUUUCAAAAGAGAGCAAGGGUUGAAAGCUCAGAACCCAUUGAUUUAACGGAGCAGUCCCCAGAGCCCUCGCCGGUUCCAUCUCCAGUUCCAUCUCCGGUGCCAUCUCCGGCGCCGCCAGCAGAUCCUAAAGAGCCUCAGCCACCACUUCCAGAGCCCCAAAUUCCAACUGAAAUAGCUCCGGAAGAAAUAAUCAAGCAGCCGAUACUAACUUAG